AUGCCCCUGAUGACUGGAGAGAAGUUUCAGCAACGCGGUGUGGGUAGAAUCCAGAUGUUACAGGAAGGGACGUGGGAAUUUGUGAACAGCAGAACUGACUUGACCAGGGCCAUGGUGGGCUUACUUCCGGGUGAAGAUGGCCUCCAUUUCAUUUAUCAUGCGGCAGCAGCUGUGAUGCCCGGAAAUCUAUUCGUGGUGAGCCUGGCGGUUGCGGACCUGGUGGUAGCCGUGUAUCCAUACCCCUUGGUGCUGAUAUCUAUAUUUAACAACGGGUGGAAUCUGGGCCAUCUGCACUGCCAAAUUAGCGGGUUCCUGAUGGGCUUGAGUGUCAUUGGCUCAAUAUUCAAUAUCACUGGAAUUGCCAUCAACCGCUAUUGCUACAUCUGCCACAGCCUCAAGUACGACAAGCUGUACAGUAACAGGAAUUCCCUCUGCUGCGUGUUCCUGAUAUGGAUGCUGACCCUCGUGGCGAUCGUGCCCAACCUGCGUACCGGCACCCUGCAGUACGACCCGAGGAUCUACUCCUGCACGUUUACGCAGUCUGUCAGCUCAGCAUACACAAUCGCGGUAGUGGUCUUUCAUUUCCUCGUUCCUAUGACCGUAGUCAUCUUCUGCUACCUGAGAAUAUGGAUCCUGGUUCUUCGGGUCAGGCGGAGGCUGAAACCGGACAGUAAACCCCAAAUGAAACCACAGGACUUCAGGAACUUUGUCACCAUGUUUGUGGUUUUUGUACUUUUUGCCAUUUGCUGGGCUCCUCUCAACUUUAUUGGUCUUGCCGUGGCUUCAGACCCCGCCAGCAUGGUACCCAGGAUCCCAGAGUGGCUAUUUGUGGCGAGUUACUAUAUGGCAUAUUUCAACAGCUGCCUCAAUGCCAUUAUAUAUGGGCUCCUGAACCAAAAUUUCAGGAAGGAAUACAGAAGAAUUAUAGUCUCACUGUGUACAGCCAGAAUGUUCUCUGUGUGUCGUUCUCAUGAUGCUGCAGAUAGGGUUAAAUGCAAACCCUCUCCGUUAGUGACCAACAAGAACCUAGUAAAAAUGGACUGUGUUUAAAACACAAAGCAUUGCUGACAAGGUGUACACACUUCUCAAGGUCUUACUCAUUUUCGUGGUUGCCUCCCUCUUGACAGAUGCCUAGAAGCACAGGGUAGUCGAGAAAACUUGCACUCUUAGGAGGUUGUCUCCAGUUUAUGAGCUCUGUGGGUUCAGCCUUUUGAAUCGGUCUCUAAUUCUGCUUAUGAAGAGAAAUACAGAACCUAAGAGUUACAUGUUGAUUGGAGAACAUGGUUCAGGGACAGAGGCGUG